CGCAUGCGUUCUAUUAUUUGCCUGGAGAUGUACCUAGCAACGUAGUAUGUUGCGCGGUUUUUUUCGCUAGCUAUAUUUCGAACGCUUCAAGAGUUCUUUAUUAUACAGAUUCGCAAUGUCAACACAUCGGGAAAAGGUGGCGUCAGUCUCGAAGCCUAAACCUGGAAUGUCCGUCCCUGGUUUUCCUCGUCUGCCUCCUAUCCCGUCGCCACCUUCUACCAGUCAGUUGCACAGUUCGCGACUAUCAGCUGACAGUCCUCUGAGGCGGUACAGGCAUAGCUCCUAUGUGAGAGGACUCGUUACGAACGUGAUGAAGGAGCGUGCUUUAAAGGCAAGGCAGCAGACAGCUCUUAUUGCCAAUUCACAGUCUCAUACAGAUCCAAUUCCCGAUUACCCACGUUCCAUGAUGAGUCAUGAACGCAAGGUUCGAGAGAACUACGAAUUUUUGAAGAAACGUGUACAAGAUGCUCCGGUGACACCCAUGAUACCAUCUGUAUGGGAUCAUGUGAUGGAUAAAGUCCCUGUAGUUCUCACCAAUCUGCCAAACUCUAAGCAACUGAUUCAGGAGAUACAAACUGAAGUUUCAAACGACUACGAGGGCAGUCUGAGGAAGUUUAUGGUUGCUCAGGUAUUGAAGAAACCCAAUGUGAAAGGCGUUACUCAAGACGAGAUUCCCAAGGACAAGAAGGGUCUUGACUUUUCUACACCAUGGCGAGCUCGAUAUGAGACAGCUCGGACAAACAUGAAGACUAGCUUGAAUAGCAUUCACCCAACUAUGCAGUCUGUGCUGGCUUUGUGUCACAAAAACUCAAGUUUACUGCUUGUUGAUCUGAGGGACACAAGAUCUAGGGGAGCAGUAGAAUGUGAAUAUCUAAGAAACACUGCCAUUGUUGAAUGCCAGAAAGCAGAGGAAAAACUGAUGAACAGUUGGUUUCCAGAAGUCGCUAGUGUGUUUUUCGACAACAAGUCUUUAGGCAAAGUCAAUGUUGUUCGUUUUUAUGAAUGUGUUGACACGUUGCUGUCCAUUCAACUGCAACGUCUUAUCAUACAUUCAUUUACGUCAUGGAUAGAUUUAUUCAAAGAUAUCCACACGACACCUGUGUUUAAAUUGCAACUGGUGUUAGACGAAAAUCAGAUGCAGUUCUACCCAUCUUUGGAUGACCUGGAGGACAUUAUAGUGUUUGUUGUGACUACCAUUACAACGUCGCUGCAGAAGGUUCCCAAGAUGCAUGGCUGGAUAACAACAGGGGAGGCUACUGGCUACAUUGAUACAACAACAGAGCAAAGAUUUUUGGACAGGAGCAUCAAGGAGCUUGUGGAGAUGGUGAGGGAGAACCUAGUGGAGACAAAAGAACACUUGGAGUCAUACAGCAAGUAUAGAUUCCUCAUCAAUGGUGAGGCUGAGAAGAGUAUGACUACUUUUCUUGAAGGAGGACACACACUACAGGAAUAUGUUGAGGAGAUUGAAAAGUUUAAGUUGCUCUAUUGGGAACUUGUUGGUCUUCCUACCAUGGCCUAUUUUAACAUGGUGGAAUUGAACUGUCGGGAUUUGAAAGAUGGAUUGGUAAAGUGCUCUCAGGAGUUUCUAGAUCGUUUGUUGUCACACCUGGCUACACUGCACAGAACAGAGAAUGAACGGGUUUGUCGUGAAUAUGAAAGUCUCAAGACUCGAGCACUGACUGAACCGGCUGACAAUCGAGAAAUGAUGGAAUUGAUAGAUUACAUGGAGAAGGCAAAGAAAGAGCUGGUUCCAUCUCUCACAAAAAGCGUUGAGGAGUCUUGUAGUCGUCUCUUAUACUUGCUGGAAGUGUACACAUUUCGUUUGAAAGAAGUGGAGCUGAACAAGACUGUGCUACAGUGGCCAAAGCAAAUUCCUUAUUUCUUUGAUGAGAAUGAACUGAUCAUUGAGAAAGCUAAACAUCGUGGCGAAGAUGCUCUGAUGAAACGGAGGCAAAAUGUCAUUCUGGACAUUGAAAAGUGUGCUAGGCGCGUAGAUGAGUUUUCUGAAUACAGUGAUUCUGAUUCAAUGUUCCAAUACUGUAAGGAUGUUCAGCAGGUGCAAAAACGUCUUGCAGACAUUCAAGAUUUGGUGGCAGUUGUCAACAAGGAGGAGGAAUUGUUUGGUGUUGAGAUAUCAACAUUCAAAGAAAUUGAGGAGAUUCAGGCGAGAGUGGAGCCAUUUCAAAAGUUAUUCACAAUCACAUACAAAUGGCAGAAAUCAGAGAAGAAAUGGAUGGAUGGUGGCUUCCUUGAUCUUGUUGCAGAGCAGGUGGAAAGUGAGGUAACCCAUGUAUGUGUAUAUGUAUUAAUUAACAUGGUACUGGGCAGUAGUUAUUGAAGUUACUUGAAGUGUAUUGUACUACAGACUUGGCCAAAUAUAAGUACAUUUGGUGUCUUUGUGUUUUGUACACAUUUCUUUCUAG